AUGAGGUCCCUUGACUUGCUGAACCUCUCGGUCUUGGUCACUCGCGCCGUUGCAUCGGGCACCCAUGCCUGGACGCCUCGGGCAGCGAAUGACCAGAACUGCGAGCUGUACUCUGUCAAGGACGGUGAUACCUGCCUCAGCAUCAUCCGCCAGACCAAUGUUACGUUCGCACAGAUCAUCUCCUGGAACCCUGAUCUUGACAAGCAGUGCGCAAAUAUUACUGCGUUUGCAGGUCAAGAUAUCUGUGUCAGCAACCCAGAGGGCAAUUACGCUAUCCCAAGCAACUCCCAAGGGUCGCCAACCAUCGUCACUACUACUGCUCCCAUCCCGGACCCGACCCCAAACGAUACAUCAGACAGAUGUGCUGAGUACCAUCUUGUCACUGCAGGGGAAGACUGCGGCGUCUUCACUGUCAAAUAUGGUAUCACUCUCAAAGAUUUCAUCUUUCUCAACCCCCAUGUCUGGGAGAACUGCACAAAUGUCUACAAGGACUACUACUAUUGCGUCCGGCCUGUAGGGUAUAUCUCUACAUACCCGGGCUACUUGCCAACUACUUCUACCAAAGAGUUCGUCCAGACACCGUUUACGCCAUUGCCACUCGAAUAUGAUCCCCUCGCCGGCUUCGUUAGCACUAACCCUGUAAUUCCGCUUGCCAAUAAGACGCGCGAGGACUGCAGCUCAUAUUUGUAUCUUGCCAACAUCACGGCAACCCCGAAUCUUGCAGACUGUUGGUCCAUGGCCAUGGUUCAUGACAUUACCCCAGAACCCAUCUUCCACACCCAGCCUACAGAGCACGUCGAGUUCAAAACCGGUGCUGACCAGCGAAAAAGGAAUUUAUUCUCUGGAACCCUUCACUGGCCAAGUCUCCGUCUAACGCAUCUGAUUCUCACUCUUACAAUUAUCCUUGCACUGUCUCAGAGAGCGUAUCUUAUUGCGUCGCCCUCGAGUCCGCUACCCAAGAUAACAGCCCCUGGACAAGAAGAUGUCGAAGCUCCGCCCAGCCCACGUGCGGCCGGCGAGGUUGAGAAUUGCACUGCCUGGUUUGCUCCCGAGUCGUAUCACUCUUGCGAGUCUCUCCUCCUGACCACAUGGCUCGAGUUUGACGAUUUCUAUCGCAUGAACCCGUCGGUCAAAAGCGACUGCACCGGGUUGGCCGUUGGCACAUACUACUGCAUAUCGACCAACGCGGACGGCAGCCCACCGUUACUCGAGGACGAGGAUACCACGACCACCAGCGCCUCGGCUACGGCCACAGGCACGGACGUUGUCACUCCCAGUCCUGUGCAGUCUGGCAUAGCCUCCAACUGCAAUGACUUCUAUCUUGUGCAGGCAGGUGACGGAUGCUGGGCCAUUGCUAUCGAUCACGGUAUCGAGUUGAAUGACUUCUACGAGUGGAAUCCUGCCGUAAAGAACGACUGCUCUGGGUUGCAGGCUAAAGUAUAUGUAUGUGUCGGUAUAUAG